AUGCAUCAAGAAGGACCUGUGAGUCAACAUGCAGAUCCAAAAGCCGUGCUCGCGAAGCAGUGCUCCGAGGGACCACGAACUCCCACAGAGGACCUUUCAAAGACCCCACUCUUCGCGCCGUGCGGCACCAGCUUCGUCUCAGAAAUAGUGCUGGUUGCACAGCCGGAGACAUAUCAACCUGGUGAGAGCAUUUGGGUCCAAGGAGAAGAGUGCAAGAAGGUCUAUAUCUUGAAAUCCGGGGAGGUGGAGCUCAUCCAAGAGGAUCACACGGUACUCCACACAUGGAGUGCAGGAACCAUGCUGGGCUUGUGCAUCUUGCUGAAUGUCCAUCAUCGUCUUCGUACGGCACAAGCGGCCACUGUGUGCGAGUGCUUGGCCUUGCCAUCUACCUCGUUCCAUGCCAUAUUGAAGCAGCAUCCAGCAGAGAAGAAGCACUUCCUGGAGGCGGCGCAAGCCGAAGCCAAGGGCAUACUUGGAGAUCGGCAGUUCGAGUGCUUGGUUGGAGAAGUGCCGAAAAGUCCACCGAAGUCUGUGCACAGAAAGGGGGCAUUCCACAGAAAGUCUCAUAAUGCGGGUCACGACGACAAGCUCGACAAGUCUCCGAAGAAAUCAAAGGCAUUGGAAAAGCUGCCGACCAUUGAGCCAGUCACAAAGCCCUUCUCUUCCUCGAAGUUAGUCCCAUCCAGUCUGCCGAUAAGCAGCAGAUUUCGGCGGCCGUCGUGGUCGAAGCGAUGUGCCUCCAUGCUGGAUGAUGACAGUGGCUCUGACACAGAGCUGAACGCAGUAAGUGCUCAGUUCUCAGAACGCCAGAUUAGCACGCAGAGUUCUCCAGACGUCGUGGUUUGGUCUCGAAGCUCAACGGCGCCGACUUUUCCUCAUGCCUUGCUGACCCCGGAUCAUAGUGGCACAGGCACAGGCAGUCACCUCCUGGUGCCACGGCCGCCUGCCUCGUCAAACGCAUCUCGAGAAAACUCCCCCACCCCAUCAGCGGCCAGCAAAUCUACAUGCCCAGAGCCUGCCGAUGAUAUAAGUCCUGCUUCCAAGAAAGCUACAUAUUGGUGCGAUGUCAUAAAGGACUGGUUCGGGUGCCUGGACACAGAUGGUAGCGGCCGCAUUGACCGGGAAGAGUUCAAGAAUAUUGCAAAAAACCUUUCUGCAGCUUUUGCUUGGGAUGACCAUCAGUCCGCCCUUCUGCUUCAGGAAAUUGACACCAACAGCGAUGAGCAAGUAGAUUUGCCUGAGUUUGCAGGCUGGCUCACUAAUGUCCACGCCACCAUGACUUUCAGUCCAGAAGGCUGGCUCCAAACGUAUGACUUGGGAGACACGCUCCAGCCAUUGUACGAGUGCUACGACCCUGAUCGCAGUGGCAUCUCGAAGGACCAGUUCCUCCGCACCUACCGCAUCAUUGCUAAUGCCUUGAAGCAUACGCCGGUAGCUUUGCAGAAGAAGGCGGACGUGUGGGUACGAGCUGCGGAAGAAGAGUAUGAGAACUUGAACGACGAUGGGAAAGACAUGUUGAUCGAAAUCGACGACUUCAUCCAGUGGCAAGCCCAACUGCUGAAACAUUCUGGAAUACCAAACUCUGUACUGCCGGAGAAGGUAGCUGGGCUUGCCCGGGCAUUGAAGGUCAUCAACGAUUUGGACAAGAAGUCGACUGUGGCAGAUGACAAAGAUGAAGCUGUUCUCAGCAAAUCAAUCCAGAAAGUUGCCACCUUAGCAAGGGAGCUGUACCUUCCCUGCAGCCAGCAGCUUCGCAAGCUGUUGGAAGCGAACAACCACGAAAGAAAGGAAGAACCUUGCGAUGAAAACUAUAAGUGGGAGAACCCACCUGACGGUGCGGUCAAUCGACUCCGCCGGGACUGUGCCAUCAACCUGGGUGUCCUCCUGCCUGGCAUCUUGCCUCACAAGAGUGGGGAGACUUCCAAGAGCGACGUUUGGAGAUUUGCCCGGCGAAAUUCGCACAUGCGCAAUCGAAAAGGGAAGUCGCUGCCUCAAGCGCCAGUAGUAGGGAUGGCCAUGUCCAGCAUGAACCGCCGCCUUAUGGUCGCGAAGCUUGCAAUUGCUUUGCUCGCAGUGCGUGUUCUCAUGCCUUCCUUCGUUUCCCCGAGUGGCCCAAGUAUCCAUGCGCAAAGCCCAAGAAGGCAGCUGACAGCUGUGAGGGCUGAGGGAGAGGCAGAAGAAGACGGAGACAUGCUUGAAUUCCUCAAGGUUGAGCAGGACAUUGAGCUGUCUCCUGAGGAGUACAAGAUGGCUUUGGAGGCUGAGGUCGAAACCCAAAGGAAGAAGUACUACAUUGGGGGUGUUGUUGAUCCGAAGAAUUUGGUCGUGCCGUGGAAGCCUGUCGACGAGGAUGUGCUGGUGAAGGAUGCCAGGAGGACCCUGAAGAAGAACGGGAUCAGGGACCCUGCCGGUGGCGACGUGGACACCGAGUACGACGACAGCGAGAUGGAGCUCACCCUGAUCGACGACGACGUCAAUCUGCAGUGGGCAGGCGGUGUUCCUGGCACCAAGGUAGGUUACAUCAUCGAGAGGAAACCAGCAGGCAGCACGAAUUUCGAGGAGAUUGCCACCUACGACAACAUGAAAAACCCCCAGCUCCUGGCCAAGCCAUACAGCGGGCAUGAGUAUACCUUCACCGACUCCAUGGUCGCACCCGGCAAGUACACUUACCGCCUGCUUUGCCGUUCUCGUGAUGGCUCCAUUGAUGUAGUGGACCAAAAGGAGCUGCUUGUAGCCGACGCCCCUGGAGUUGACUUGAAGAUCGCCUUCCCAGUUCUGGGCGCCUUUGUACUCUUCAGUAUGAACACCCCCGUGCUUGGCGAGUUACUGCUUUGCUUUCAUUCAUCUGCCGGAAGCUUGGGCAAAACCGACCGUUUUUUCGCUUGGUUGGAGGCUCCUCGCAAAAGCGAGUCUGAUCGGAAAAUGUACUACGAGCUAGUGCCACGUGAUGAUGGAUGUGGGAAUGCUCUGGAGCCGGAGUGGCAACGGCUUCCGGACGGUGCUCCCUUUCAUGCAGAGCUCGAGCGUCUCCCGAAGGAGCAGGUGAUACUGGCGAUCCUCAAAACCCAGGAGCUGGCCCACGAGCAGCUGCAGUGGCCGCAAGUGCAGAGAAGUUUAGGCCUAGCAGAGUGCUUGGAGCUCGUGAUGCAUGAAGACGUGGAGCAGGUCAGCAAAGUGAUCCACACGUUCGCACGGCAACAUGUUAUGCAGCAGCCAUGGCAUCGUGAGCAGCUGGAAAUGGGUAUGACGAUCAGUGAUAUUGUCGAUGAACACUUGCAGGAGGCAGUUUUCUCGCCAGAGGAAGUGCUGCAUUUGCUGUUGAACCAGGAGAAGAUGGCAGAUCCACAGCCCGAGCCGAAAAACAAGCUCGUGGCCACGCUGUCCAAGAUGUUUUCGAAGAAUCUCUCGGAAGCUUAG